UUACACUUUCGUUUUCGUAAGUCAAUACUUAGGUAUAUGUGUUAGCGUUGGUAUACAUAGUUAUAUUGCGCGUGAGGAUAGACGGCAAAAGUUUGAUACAAAGUAAUGUGCCGACAUCGGCGGAAGAGAGAACGAGUAGGCGAGUACACUUCCAGUAUUCAGUGUUACCUCUAGUCCUCUACCUGGCGAGGGCAUGGCAUGGUAUAUUAUAUAUUUGCAUUUAAACGCUGAUUACACAAUUACUGCUGCAUGGAAGAGCGAGCUUACGUUACACGUGUCCUCAAUCCUCGACAGUUUUAAGAAAUAGUAUUAAAGAAGAAAAAAAAAACCCACCAAUGAUAUAAAUACAAGGUGAUGCUGCAAUCCUCAACUCAGUUCAGUAUUCUGUCUCUUGCCUUUAUGCACUCAGCAAAGGAUGAGGAAAGGACGGGCCACUACCGCCGUCUUUUUCUUUCGUUGACCUCGAUAGUAUUCGCCGCGUGUUGUGCAUUUUUUUUCCUGUAAUAAGUAUUUAUCACUCGGUCCGAUAAUACAUAUAAGUAUACGUGUAUGGACAAUGGAGGCUCGAGCCGAAGAAUUUGUGGAUUUCCUUGCCGAGAGGAGAAAGGAUAGUGACAUCAUGUGGGUCUCAAGAUUCACCAAACCUCUGCCUGCCCAUAAACUCGCGCCCGAAUUAGUUUAUAAUAGAAAACGGGCCAUCGAAGCUGUUCUGGCUGAUUAUAAAAUUAAGGCACUCAUCCAGUCCCAGGCAGCUGCCAGAAAUGUUCCUUCAUCCACUGUGGUCUCAGAGGCAAAGAGUAUGUUAGAAGAAAUGGCCAGUAAAUCACACUUGCCCACUGUCAGGUGGAUAGGCUUAGUUGUAACAAAAGUUCUCAAAAGAAUCUUAAUUAGUAUUCGAAUAAACGAUAGUAUACUUCAUAGUCUGAAAAACCAAAUGAGCUUUUCUUCUGUUCAGUAUGUUUAUUUGCCUACCCAUAGGAGUUACUUAGAUUUUAUACUACUUUCUUACAUUCUCUUCUCUUACGACAUGGCUCUACCAAAUAUUGCCAGUGGAAUGGAUUUUUACAAAAUGAAAUUCGUUGGGGAGCUGUUAAGACAUACUGGAGCUUUUUACUUAAAGAGAUCUUUUUCGUCUGAUCCCCUUUACAAAGAAGUAUUUCGUACUUAUGUCAAUUCACUAGUGUCAAACAGCGACAGAGCUAUCGAAUUUUUCAUUGAAGGUACUAGAAGUAGAAGUCAGAAAACUUUACCACCAAAAUUUGGACUUUUGUCGAUAAUUCUAGAAAAUUUGCUCAAGAGCACCGUGUACGAUUUACAAUUAAUUCCAAUAAGCAUUUCGUAUGACAAGCCUUUGGAAGAGCUGCUGUUUGUCUACGAACUGUUGGGAAUUCCAAAGCCACCAGAAUCGACGAGCGGAUUAUUCAGCUCGUUAUCCAAGCUACUUGAUUCUUCCACGCAUGGACACGUCUACGUAAAAAUCGCACCACCGAUAUCGGGACGGGAUUUUAUCAACAUGAAGAUGCGGAGGCAGAGUGCCUUAUCCCCAAAUUCAAGAGUACCUUCGCAUGUAACAAAACAAGUUGCAUAUGCUGUAAUCGAUCGCCAUAAACGGAACACCGUUCUUACGCCGUUUAAUCUCAUCUCGUUACUAUUUAACGAGAGGAUGUACUCGUAUCCAAAAGAACCUUAUCUUUUCGAUGAUCUACUGCAGGACUAUUCUUGGAUCAAAAAUUUUUUUGUAAAAAAAAUUAAGGCUAUCGUCAAUCCACCUGCUUUGAAUGUCGAAAAAAAUGAUAUGGAAGUAGAUGCAGACAGAAACGAAGUCUUGGAGUCCCUGGAAACGCAUAAAGAUUUGAUAGAAGUCGAUGCCCAAAAUAAUUUGAAAUUAAAAAAUAACCCAGCAAACUUUUCACAAGUACAAGGUUUUAAAGGCCAUGCAUUAAGCGAUAAAACGUUAAGAAUUGCCGUGCCAGUGAUCAAUCUAAUGAUCUAUGUUAAUCCAGUUUUUGCAUACCUAUCACUACCUGCAUUGGCAGCUUUGUGUAUUAAUCUAUCACCUAAAGAAACAGCAAUAAAACGAUAUAUGAGUUUGAGGUCACUGUUUACUUCAGAAUUUGCUUUACCCGCCAACAUGAGUGAGCCAGAGUUAAUUAAAGAAUGGGAAGAGAUAACUGGAUUUCUUACAGAUAGAAGCUCCGAGUAUUCACUUGUAAAUAACAAAGAGUUACAUUCACUUUUGUGUAACUUGCUCACACCUUUUAUUGUUAGCUUACACGUAGCUUGUAAGACAAUUUUAGAGUGGAAGGAUCCGCUUCAAUGCCAAGAAAAAAAUAUUAUAAAAGAAUGCCAAAGAUUUGUUGAAGAAUCGCUUUACCAAGAUGUAGUGCCUAUCAAGCACCCAUAUUCAUUAACCUUAGAUGUUUAUGUAUCCUUGCUGUCUAGUCUUGUUGCGUGUGAAUAUGUUACCCUUGAUGAGCAGGGAUUUUACAAACCAAAUAGAAUAAAUAUGGAGACGUUAGUCCUAGAACUGGAUAACAUUUUAAACUCGUGUUCGAGUGUGUCAUAUUUGGAUAACCAUUCAUUGUUCAUUCCAAAAGAUAUGCCAAAUUUGCUAGCUAAAUUAUAGUUGUCCUAAGUUUUGAGUUCUAAGUCAUGUUUUCUUACAACACGUAUGGUAUU